AUGUCCAAAUUCUUCACCAAGUCUGGUAACAAGUCAGACCCCACUAGACUUCAGACCAACACCUCUGACGACUACGACUACAAGGAUGAGCAUAUUGCAGGAGACGACGGGCAUUACCCCGCAGAUGACGUCGAAGCAGAGGUGAACUCUGUAGCGGAGUCCGACCUGCCUCAAGGCCGUCAGCUUGGCCUGAUCAGUGCGACAUUCCUUAUGGUCAACCGUAUGGUCGGUACUGGUGUAUUUGCUACGACAUCGACGAUUCUUGAUCAGAGUGGUUCUGUUGGCAUGAGUCUUCUCUACUGGGUCAUUGGAGCGGUCAUUGCCGCCACAGGUUACAGUGUCUAUGCCGAAUUUGCUACCUCCAUACCUCGUAACGGGGGUGAGCUCAACUACUUACAACAUGUAUACAAAAAACCAAAGUAUCUUGUUGCGUGCAUAUACGGUGCUCAGGCAUUGCUAUUAGGUCAAGCUGCCGGGAAUGCUUAUACCUCCGGACGAUACUUCCUUCGAGCUGGGGGUAUCACCGAUAACGAAUGGGGAUCUCGAGGUAUCGGAGUCGCAGUCCUGAUUACUGCGCUUGUCAUUCACGGCACCCUUCUCAAAUGGGGUCUUCGAUUCUUGAACAUUGUUGGCUUUUUCAAGAUUGUCAUCCUCCUUCUCAUCAGCUUUGCGGGCUUUGGUGCUCUUGCCGGUCAUACCAAGAUUGACCCGCCUCACAAUUUUGACAACGCCUUCGAUGGCACUCGCAGUGACAUUUUUGGUAUCGCAGCUUGUAUCUAUAACGCUUGCUGGAGCUACGUCGGAUACUCUAACUUGAUGUACGCCGUCGGUGAGGUCAAGUCGCCUAUCCGAACCAUCAAGAUCGCUGGUCCCCUCGCCAUUGGCAUCAUUACCGUCCUCUACCUCCUCGCUCAAAUCGCCUACUUUGCCGCCGUCCCCAAGGAGGACAUCCUUGGAAGUACCCAAAUCACAGCUGCCCUGUUCUUCCAGAAUAUGUUUGGCGAGUCUUCUGCCCGGGCGUUGAGUGUCUUUGUGGCCCUUUCGGCCGUUGCGAACGUCUUUUCAGUCAUCUUCUCCCAAGGGCGACUGAACCAAGCUCUGGGCCGGGAUGGAUUGAUCCCCUUCUCCAAGGUCUUUGCUUCCAACCGACCGUUCAAGGCGCCCUUGGCAGGCCUUACCUGGCAUGUCAUUGUAACUCUGAUCAUUUUACUCGCUCCUCCAGCUGGAGAUGCUUACAACUUUGUGUUGAAUCUAUCCUCAUAUCCGCUCAACGUAGUCAACGCCGCCGUUUCCUUUGGCCUUCUCGCAACUUACAUCCCUCGUCGCUUCAGGCCAGAGUGGGCACGUGAAUGGAAUCCCCCAUUCAGGGCUACUCUUCCUAUCACGCUCUUCUUCACCCUGGUUUCCUUCUUCAUGGUCAUUGUCCCCUGGAUCCCUCCCAAGAAGGCAUCCGACGCAGUGUACAACAGCAUGUGGUACGCCAUGGCCCCAGCCGUAUCAUUCGGCAUCUUUGCGGCGGGUACGAUCUACUGGACUGGGCGAUUCUGGCUCGCGCCAAAGAUAUUCAAGUACGAGCUUGUGCCCACGAGAAAGCUGUUGUCGGAUGGGACUGCUGUGACGCAUUUCGAAAAAGUGCAUCGAGAGUAG